AUGAACCAAUCAUUGUAACAAACGGAAUAUUAACCUGCCGGGUGGCCGGCGCUUCGGAGAUUAUAUGGAACCGCAAUAAAUAAGGAGUACGGAGUGCGCGCGCGCCAGUGUGGCACGACGCGACGGUACCGCGCAGGCGCAACACUUGCAGUACAAAGAUGUCUCACACAGUGGUGAGAGGUAAGCCAAAUGCUGCUCAGCUCUACCUCGAUACGGUGCUGGACGCCAUAUUGCUCGAGCGGGGAAUCAAACCUAACGCUGAGCUGAGGGACAAUGUCACGUUAUCACAGAUCCUGUUCUACUCUCUCAAGCAGAGACCCAAAGAAACUUUUAUGAUCAAUGCUGCCACUGAUGAAGUCGUUACCAACGAGCAGCUGCUAAAGCGUGCUGUCUCUCUCGCUCGCACGCUAACCGCAAUGGGUGCGAAAGGGAAGUAUGCUUUCAUGUUGAUGAGGAACCACCAGGAGAUGGCGGUGAUCUACUUCGCUGUCAUGUUCGCGGGAGUGAUCCCCUUCUUAGUGGAGCCUACCUCUACUGUGUUGGAGCUGACCCACUUCCUGAAGCUGGUGGAGCCCAGCAUCGUGUUCCACGACGGAGAGUUCGCGCCGGCGAUGCUCGAGGCGACGCGCGCCUGUCCCGAGCUGGUGCCUACACUAGUACCCGCAGACCGACCUGGCGUCAUCGACAACUUCACUAGAGAGCAACCUGAUGAUGUUGCCAGUUUCCAGGUUGCUGAAGCGUCGAUGGAUGACCCGGUGAUGUUGCUACCGACGAGUGGAUCCACUGGACUACCCAAAGCCACGAUCAUGACACAUCGAGGGCUGGUGGCACAGCUGCCUUCCCCAUGGUCAUACCACACGCAGUUCCCGACCCCCACCGGGCUCGUGAUGAUCCUCACCACCAUCCAGUGGAUGACGUUCACCAUGUUCACCACCGCGUCCACCGUGUACCACACUCCCAUCCUCAUGUCCUCCAAGAAGAUCACGGCGGAACAUGUCGCCGAGAUGAUUGGCAAAUAUCGACCGACGUUCACAUUCUUCUCUCCGGCGUUUGCUGCUUCCUUACUGCCGUUUGUGACGUCAGAACAGUUGAGCUCUUUGAAGACGGUCAUCUUACUCGGAUCUCCUGUGACUGAGCUGCAGAUGAGAGCGUUACAAGACAAGCUCCCUAAGACAGCCCAGCUAUGCGAUGGGUACGGCACCACAGAAACACAAGGCUUCAUCGCCAUACCUGACCGGGACGCGCCGCUCAAGUGCAACGGAUGGGUCUUCAACUUUCUAUACUACAAGAUCGUGGAUGACGAAGGUCACGAGCUGGGGCUGAGGCAGAGCGGCGAGCUGUGGGUCAAGGGAGUCAGCGUUAUAAGGGGCUACCACAAGAACGUGGCUGCGUACGAGGAGACGGUCACCGCCGACGGGUGGUACCGGACGGGGGACGUGUUCUAUGUGGACGAGGACGAGCGGCUCUCGUACGUCGUCAGGAAGAAGUUCAACUUCAAGUACAAGGGCUGCCAGGUGGCUCCAGAAGAAGUGGAGCGCGUGAUAUGCUCGGUACCAGGCGUGCAGGAGAGCGUGGUGUGCAGCUCGGACAGCGGGCCCGUGGCGGCCGUGGUGCUGCGGCCGGGCGCCGACGUCACCAGGGACAGGAUACACUCCGCCGUCAACUCUACUCUGAGCGAACACAAGCGGCUACACGGAGGGCUCGCGUUCGUGCCCUCGCUCCCUCACACUCCCAACGGCAAGCUGAAGAGGAGUGAGUGUAGCCAACUGAUGACACGGCUCAUACAGACCGGCCAGUGUUGCUAGACAUGAUUAUAUUAAUUGUGGGACAACAUGGACAUGUGUGCGUUAGAUAAUACUUCAGUAUAGGAUUACAUGUGUGUGCAUUAGGUAUAGGGAGUAGAGGCGGCUGCGCCCGCCGUGUAAGUCAGUCGUAAUUAAAAUAUAUUUACGUGAA